UUCUCAAAAUUUUUUAAUAUUUAAUAAUUCUCCAAAUCAACAAAAAAAACAGAUAUCCUUAAUAAAAAUGACCAAUACUUUUUUAAAUCAACAAAACUUUUCUUCCUCUUCCCCCAUGUGUCGGCUUUUCUUCCCUUUCAUCUCCUCCACUUCUCCACCUAUCAGUUCAACAACAGAAACAACAGAAAGGCAACAACAGCAAAAUAACUGUCAGAAAUCCUCCCGGCUAAAUAGUCGGAGGAAUUAUUCUUCAAAUUCGUCUCUUUUUGCAGCCAUUUUCGCCUCUCUGUGCGUUUUUGCCGUCCAUUUACCAGCAGUUGCUGGACUAGCUUGUUAUGAAACUGUUAAUGGCAAAAUCACAAUUGUACAAAACGAUGCUUGGCGCUAUUGUGCCCUUGUACCUGCUACAAUUGUUGGAAAAGAAAUGGUCAACGGAAGUCAGUUUGGCAUUGGGGCGGAGAAUGACAUGUUGGGAAUGUAUAAUAAUGCUUUUGCACUCAGUCAAGAAGAAUAUCGGAUUUUGACAGUUUGCAUUUAUGAGCGCUACGAUUUUAGCCGUUUCCUAACAAUGAUGAAGCCAGAUAUGGCUGUAGAAUUUGCUUUUCGUUGUGUUUGCAAUUAUGAUUUAUGCAACAGCGAACCAACAUUUUCUGCUUAUUUAUCAGCAAUUAAAUCAGAAAGUUUUGCGAGGAGAUAA